AUGAUUAUUAACUUGCCUCCAAAUAAUACUGGUAAAAAUGAUAAUAUUGAAGCUUUAACAACUAUAAACACCGAUCAAGAAAUAAUCUGGACCAAUGUUGUUCAAUUUUUAAAUCAAAACGAUUUGUGUUCGUUAGCAAGAUGUAGCAAGCAUCUAUGCAAAAUUAGUGAAAGAAAAUUAUACAACAACAUUCAUGUGAAUAAAGACCCAAUUAUCAAAUCAAAUAAAUGGUUUUUGGAUACAAAUGCAACAUAUCUAUUUGGCUAUAGAACUAUCUAUAGUAGUUUAGACCAAGAUAAAAUCGAUUUGUUCCUAUAUGAUAAAAUGCAAAGAUUAUUGGAGGCACCUAAAGAAAAAUUAUCGCUUAUUAAAGAGUUGUAUAUAUAUAAUUCCCCAUUUUAUGAUCAAGAGGAUGGGGUUCUUAUUCUAAAAGAAUUACUCAAUACAUUAUUGCUAAUUAAAAAAUUGGAAGUUUUGAAGAUUGAAAAUAAAGAGCUUUUUCAAAAAUAUCAUUCCAAAGUCUUAGACGAUAGUGCACUGCUCAAAAAUUUCCGUUAUAUUAAAUUGACUGAUUUUAAUGAGCUAAAGAAAUUGAACUUAUCUGCUGAUGGAAUGCCACAUUUAGAAACUUUGGAAUUGGAUAUUGCAGAGAUAACUAAUGAACCAUUAGCGUUAGACAUACCAGAAUCACAAAAUAUUAGGAGCUUAAUUAUCAGAAACGAUGAUGGGAUGGAAAUAUUAAACAAAUUAGCACAUACCACUCAAGCUAGUAUUCCAAACAAAACGUUAUGCUUCCCGCAUCUUAUAUCCUUGAAAUUUGGCCACACCCAUCGAAGUGGGUCGAGAUCACAUCCAACAGAACCAUUUGACCCGGUACCAAUACUAAAAAUAAUACCUCAAAUAGAUAAAUUGGAAAACUUAGAAAUUGGAUUUACUCUGUGUGAUGUUAACGAAACUUGUAACUGUUUGCAGAUUUUUCUUCACAACAUGGCACCAUUACUACUGAAGUUACGUAAUUUGGGUUUGAUAGAACAAGAGUCUAGUACUCUUGGGGCCAAUCAUAAUACCAAAGAAAUGUGGGAUAUCUUGAUUAGUGAAUUUAUCAUUGAAUUGCCCUUUUUUGGAGCCAACUUAAUUAAAUUGUCGAUAGAUCAUAAUAUUCCGCACAAUGGAUUAAUUGAAGAUAGUGUUGAUGGGAAUUACUUUAGAAGGAGAAGGUUAUAUGAAAACUUAUUACCUCAUUUAAGCAAUUUACGAAUUUUAAUUGUGCCCAAUUUUAUUCAAAGUGUAAGUUGUUUUGAGAUUAUUGCGUGUGAUUUUUUAUGGAAUGGUUGUAAAUGUGCGUCACAUUGUAAUAAAGUUUUAAGAAUUUAUGACAAAUAUAUCCAUAAUCAUUUAUAUUUUGAUAAUUUCAAAAAGUUUGACUAUAAAGAGAUAUCGCCUACAGUUUUUCUAGCAUAUGCUAGUAGUAGUUUAUCCAAAAGAUUGCACAAGAACGAUAUUGAUUUAGAAAUGUUAAACAACCCACCAUCUCAUUUUUUUUGGAAUUUUCAUGACGGUUAUGACAAUAUAUUACAUUAUGAAGAUUGUACCAAGUGUUAUUUUGAUGAAUCUGCUUUCCCAGCGUUAUGUAAAGCUUUAAGUCAUUUUGUUGAUAGUUAUAUGGAAUAUUUGAUGCACUUUAUGCCUAAUUUGAAAACAUGUUGUUUAUCAGGGGUUUAUUAUUAUAUUGAAAAUGGCUUAGUGUGUCAUAACGUGUAUGACGAUUGA